UCAUCUAGCGUGUUGAUAUCCGUAGAUCAAAUGGCGUCCAUUGCUGCUCGAUACCUUCAGAGAGGACUGGUGCGGGGAGCGUGUGUGCGUUUGCGUAGCACGCUCGUUGUGGUAGAACACACGAACGAUGCUGUCGUGCCUGUUACUCUGAAUGCUGUCACGGCUGCUAGUAGAAUAGGAGGUGAAACUGUAGCACUCGUAGCUGGGACACAGUGUGAAAAGGUUGUUGAUACGGUGGCCAAGAUCGAUGGUAUUAAUAAAGUAUUGGUGGCUGAUCACGAUGCAUUAAAAGGCUAUCUCCCAGAAAUUGUUAGUCCACUUAUUGUUGCUGCUCAAAAGCAGUUCUCUUUCUCUCACAUCACAGCUGGUUCAAGUGCUUUCUCUAAGAGUGUUUUACCUCGUGUGGCCGCUCUUCUCGGUGUAGCAGCAAUCUCUGAUGUGACUGACAUCAAAGAUGAAGAAACGUUUGUCAGACUAAUUUACGCAGGAAAUGCUGUAUGCACUGUCAAGUCCAAGGACUCGAUCAAAGUCUUCACAGCUCGCGGAACAGCAUUUGAGGCCGCUGAAGAAGGCACGUCACAAGCUCCAACAGAUGAAGCUCCUGGUAGCGAUGCUUUCACCUCAGAGAAGCUUUCGGAGUGGAUCAGCCAUGCUUUGUCACAAAGUGAACGUCCUGAGUUGACAAGUGCCAAAAGAGUUAUAUCAGGAGGUCGUGGAAUGAAAAAUGGCGAGAAUUUCCAGCUGCUGUAUGAUCUUGCUGAUAAAAUGGGUGCAGCUGUUGGUGCAUCUCGUGCUGCUGUUGAUGCUGGCUUUGUGCCCAAUGACAUGCAAAUUGGACAAACAGGAAAGAUUGUUGCUCCUGAACUCUACAUUGCUGUUGGCAUUUCAGGAGCUAUUCAGCAUCUUGCUGGAAUGAAAGACAGCAAGACUAUAGUGGCUAUUAACAAGGAUCCUGAAGCUCCAAUCUUUCAAGUUUCUGACUUUGGUCUGGUAGAAGAUCUAUUCAAGGCUGUACCUGAUAUGACAAAGCUUUUAUCGUGACUGCAAGGCUAGUAACUGUUGUGGGUUUCUGUAGAGAGACUAACAAAGUAAGAUCAAUAUAUAUACAUAGAUCACGAUCACAUAGUCGAAACAGGAGACAUUAGACGUCUUGAGUGUCUUCUAGUUCUACACUAGCAUUCACUUCAAUACAUACCCAUUAAUUAACAGAAUUUGAUAUCUGUGUUCUUGAACACAAGAAUGCAUCAAGCUCAAACACGUGACAGAUUAUUGUAGCAGAUGCAAAGUGCAUGACUGUGUAGUCUAGUUGCAUGAAGCGUGAACCCCAAUCGCUACA